AAGGUAUUAACUUCACUACGCUUCUCUCUCUGCAAUUACUCUUGAGAGCUUCUCUUUCUAUAACUCGGAGUAUUGCUAACUUGAGCGUCGGAGUGUUUUCCCCGAGGAAACAUCCUCGGGAUUUUCAGGAAGACAAAGUGCCUGAGGUCGUAAGACUUACGCUCGCCAAGUGAUGCCAGUAGACAAAAAUAGACCCUUAAAACAACCAUUUGAAGAAGCGGAAUGGGAGAAUAGACCCAUUACAUUCAGUCCUACUGAUUAUAAACGGACAGGGGUAGAGCCUGAUGUUGUGAUGCCUGAUGCAGACCCCUUCGUGGCAACAGUUCGCAUAGGCAAUCAUAACGUCAAUAAAGUCUUCAUUGAUACAGGUACGGAACUGUGGUUUAGGAUGGCGUCCAUCAGCUUCUUGAUGGUUAAGAUGGAGUCAGCAUACAAUGCCAUAAUUAGGAAAGCCACGCAUUGCGAGCUAAAAGCUAUCAUUUCCCAACCACACCUCAGCAUGAAAUUCCCAACUCCUCAGGGAAUAAGGGCGAUGAGCAUCUCUAACAUAGACCACCGUCCAGAGAAUGUUGAACAAAAAGCUGAACCAGUUGAGCUAGUAAAAACCGUUCCAUUGAACCCCAAUGAUCCAGAAAAGACGGUGAAAAUUGGAACUAAGCUCACAAAGAAAGAGAGAGAAAAGCUCCUGGAGUUCUUAAAAGCCAACCAAGAUGUCUUUGCAUGGAUAACAGAUGAAAUGCCCAGAAUUCCGGCAAAAUUGGAAGUCCACAAGCUUAGCACAGACUCGACCAGAAGACCAGUGAAGCCCAACGGCAAGUGGAGGAUGUGCAUUGGCUUCACCAACUUGAAUGAGGCGUGCCUUAAGGAUCCCCACCCAUUGCCUAAUGUUGAAAAGUUGGUAGAGCAAGCUGCUGGUCAUGAACGCAUGAGUUUUUUAGAUGCCAGUUCGGGAUAUCAUCAAGUUCAGUUAUGGUUGGAUGACCAGGAGAAGACAGCAUUUUACGCAAGGGAUGCAAUUUAUUACUAUGUUAUGAUGCCAUUCGGUUUAAAGAAUGUUGCUGAGGAUCAUAUUGACGACCUGAAGGAAAACAUUUCAAAACCUACACCGAGUGCAGAUGAGGUUAAACCCAUUGAAAUGUACAUUUGCUGUGGAAUCGGGCAAAUUCCUAAGUGGACGAAUGAAUGCCAACAAGCUUUUGAUGAGCUCAAGCAAUACCUAGCGUCACCACCUUUACUCUCCAAGCCUGUUGAAGGGGAAAAAUUGUACUUGUUUCUGGGGAUCACAGAGGAGGCACUUAGCUCAGUUCUGCUAAGGGAGCAAGAUAAACAUCAGAAGCCAAUCUGUUAUAUCAGUAAAGUCUUGCAAGGCGCAGAACGAAAUUAUCCCAUUACUGAAAAGGCUACUUUUGCACUCGUCUGCACCGCCCGAAAGCUAAGGGCCUAUUUGCAAUCUCACGAAAUUGUUGUCUACACCGACCUACCGCUAAAAAAGAUAUUGCAGAAGCUGGAGCUUUUCAGUUGGCUAAUUGGGUGGGUGGUCGAGCUGAAUGGUGCAGCAAGUGUUGAAGGAUCAGGGGCAGGGACAAUGCUAAUAGGCCCAAAUGGUUUCAAAUCUGAGCAUGCACUGAGAUUCAACUUUAAGACAACGAAUAAUGCCGUCGAGUAUGAAGCACUCAUUUAUGGUCUAAAAGACCCUCAGCUCAGUCAUUACGCAUCUGUGGUCAGCAGGAUGAAGGCAAGCUUUAUUUCAUUUCAGAUUGAUAAGAUACCAAAGGCAGAUAAUAGACGAGUUGAUGAGUUAUCAAAGCUAGCUUCGUCGCAAGAUAUCAAUCCUCACAGAGCAACAGUUGUUGAGAUCCUUGACGCACCGAGCUACACUAACUUGAAGGACGAGUGCCUAAUCUUAAGUACAGAUCCCUCAUCGCCGAGCUAGACUAUGCCCUUAAUUAAUUACUUGUGGAAUGGUGAAUUGCCUGAGGAUCCAUCUAAUGCUCGAUUGGUUAGGCGUAGAGUGGCGCAUUUUUCCUUAAUUAAUGAUCAGUUGUAUA